AUCACGGCCAUGAGCACCACUGCAACUGCGUUUCGGGAUGCCUACCUGCACGGGUCGGGUCCUGCCCUUGCUGCAGUGGUCACACCGAUCGCUCCCCCCGAAGAUCCAGACCGAUUGCACGCUUUCUACCAGUUCUCCAACCCGGCCUAUCUGACCAAAGACCUCCAUUUCCAUCUCUUCCACGGCAAGAACCUCAAGGUGUCAAAAGCCGAACAGAAUGCAUGGGUCGACAUCUUUGCCGCAUACUGGGAAGCCGUGGGGGAGGUGCUCAAAUGCGAGGACCGACACCCCGGUGCCUCCGUGGUCGCAGUCUUCAAUGCGUGGAAGAAGGUAGCCAAUGCUGUGAUUAGGGGCUACUCGAGCUCUUCCGGGCUUCCGGCCUGGACGCUACCUUGUCUGUACACGGUGGGGAAGUUCUUGCGCACGUUUGCGCUCAAAGCGGACGUCGAGGCGGCUUCCCAGGGAUCGACGGGCUUUGGCUUCCAGGAUGAUGUCGCGGCCGAUGUGGACAAGAAUGCAAACUUGGAGGAGGCGGCUCGGAUUAUCAAUCGGAUGUUCACGCUGUGUCUGAAUGACAGAGCGGCCAUUGAAGAAUCGCGGAAAUGGGGCAUAUACAACAUUACAAAUCUGCUGUUCAAGACCUACUUCAAGCUCAACUCCGUUGGACUGACCAAAAACCUUCUGCGUGCCCUCAAUGCCCAGUCGGUCGAUUUGCCCCCCCUGGAAUCCUUCCCCAAAUCUCAGAUCGUCACUUUCAAAUACUACGUGGGAGUCAUUCACUUCUUGGAUGAAAACUAUGCAGAGGCGGAAGAACAUUUGACAUCUGCAUGGAAAAUAUGCCACCGAGGGGCGUUCAAGAACCGGGAGCUCAUUCUCACGUAUCUCAUUCCAUGCCACCUCGUGACGACUCAUACGCUCCCCAGCAAAGAACUUCUUGCUCCAUUUCCACGACUCGAAAAAUCCUUCCGCCCUCUCUCCAACUGUAUCCGUAAGGGUGACCUAGUUGGAUUUGACCAGGCCAUGUCCGCCGGGGAAGACGAAUUUGUCAAGAGACGCAUCUACUUGCCACUUGAACGAGGACGAGAUAUUGCCUUGCGCAAUUUAUUCCGCAAAGUUUUUAUUGUGGGUGGGUGGGAUGAAUCCAAGGAUGGACAGCCUCCUACCCGGCGAUCCCGUGUCCCUAUUGCGGAGUUCGCGGCGGCUCUCCGAAUUGGGACUCAUGCGACUGGCCGGUCGCGAGUCGAUAUGGACGAGGUGGAGUGUUUGCUGUCUAACCUGGUCUAUAAGGGCCUUAUGAAGGGAUACAUCCAUCGUGAGAGAGGAAUGGUCGUUUUGAGUAAAAAGAACGAUGCCUUUCCCGGCACUGGUAUCUAG